CAGCUUUACUACGCAAAACUCCCCAAAGAUAUCGCCUCUCGUUAUGUUCUUUUAUUAGAUCCUAUGCUUGCCACUGGUGGAUCUGCCAUGCAAGCUGUUCAAGUUUUGCUUGAUAAUAAUGUUAGGGAAGAUCAUAUUAUCUUCUUGAACUUGAUUGGUUCUCCUGAAGGUAUUGAUGCUUUUGUUCAACGUUUCCCUAAGGUCAAAAUUGUUAUUGGUGAGCUUGAUGCUGGUCUUAAUGAAGAAAAGUAUAUUAUGCCCGGCUGUGGUGAUUUUGGUUGCAGGUACUUAUAA